AGAUGAGAUUGUGAAAUGUCAGAUCUGCUGAUUCUCCAAAUCUCAGCAAACAUUCCACUUCUUCUUUUCCCCGACAGAUAUCCGAGUGCGCGGCGCGUUCCAAACACCGACCAGCGACUACCGACCACUGCCAGAAACCACCGACUACCGACAACCAACGAGCAACCACCGCCAGAGUCCACCGACUACCGACAACCAACGAGCAACCACCGCCAGAGUCCUGCCACAGAGCAGCUGUUCUUCUUGGACUCUACGAUGGAGACCUGGGGGAGGCUCCUCAGACUGGGCCUCAUUCUUCUCCUGUCCAUCACCUUCUCAGAAGCACAGAGUUGCCAGGCCAACAUGCCAGGGUUGCCCGGUGUCCCUGGUAUUCCCGGACCAGAUGGAAAUGAUGGAGUAGAUGGGGAGAAGGGCGACGUGGGGCCACCUGGUGUCUUUGAAGGUUGGAACAAGGAGGAACUUCGUGGAGACCCUGGGCCUGCAGGAAACCCUGGAAAAGUGGGACCUAAAGGUCCAAUGGGGCCCCCAGGACCCCCUGGGCCACUAGGUCAGAAAGGGAGGAAGGGGGACUCUGGAGAAUACAAGACAGACGGCCAUUCUGCCUUUUCUGUAAGGAAGAUGUCCCCAGGAUUACCCCGGAGAGAACAGCCGGUCCGCUUUGACCAGAGCCUCAUCAAUGUCAACAACCAGUACAAUACCCUGACAGGGAAAUUCACCUGCCAGUACCCGGGCAUCUACUACUUCACCUACCAUGUCACCUCCAGGGGUCACCUCUGCAUCAACAUCAUGAGGGGCAAACCCGGCGCCAUCAAGCAGAAGGUGGUGAACUUCUGUGACCAGGUCCUCAACAUCUAUCAGGUGACCACAGGAGGCGUGGUACUGGAGGUGCAGAAAGACGAGACCGUAUGGCUGGAGACUACCGAGAAGAACAACCUGAUGGCGACCGAUGGGACCGAUAGCAUCUUCACUGGCUUCCUCCUCUUCCCGCUCUCCUGAACCCGGGGGGCAAUAUCUGUCAAUCUGCCCCUUUGUCUACUUCCACCGAGAAAUCCCUCCCAGAUCUUACUUUUCACCCCAGUUUCAGAUCUGUGCCCCGAUUGUGUGACUGUCCCCCCAAUCCAUCUUCUGCCGCCCCCCCAGGCACCCUGCUGUUGCCCCAUCUGCCACUUCCUCGCACUCCUCUGGGUCCGCCCCCUCCGAUCACCUGACCUUCUGCAUCUGUACCGCUGCCAAUAAAAUAUGGCCAUGACCUC